GUCCUGCAUCAGCUGUGCUGCGCAGGGGAGGCGGCUCUCCAUAACAGCCCGGUCUGCUGCCCUGCUACACACCGGACACGAUGGCUGGUGGCUCCUACACAAUAGUUGAAUAUUUCGGGGGAGAUGACGGUUAUCGUUGCGGUUACUGUAAAAAUGAAAAAGGCAACUUCUCUCAUGGGAUGUGGUCCCACGCCAUGACAGUACAGGACUACCAGGACCUCAUCGACAGAGGAUGGAGACGAAGUGGGAAGUAUGUUUAUAAGCCCAUCAUGAACAAGACGUGCUGUCCACAGUACAGCAUCAGGUGCCAUGCUUUGAACUUCCAGCCUUCCAAAACCCACAAGAAGAUCCUGAAGAAGAUGAACAAGUUCCUGUCUAAAGGGGAGAUGCCUGCAGGAGGGAGUGAAGGAGAGCCCAUGGACUCGUUCUUGCAGGAUGUGGUGGAACCAUCUGCUCUCUGCUCUGAGGAGACCCCUUCUGUGAACUCCAUCCAGGAGGACCAGAGUUCAGCCCCUCAGACAGAACCUGCUAGAAGACCUGCUGCUGCUAUUUCUGACAGCAGGCCAGCCCCUGCAGCACCCAAACCAGGGCUGGGGCCUGACCCUAGCAGACCUCAGUGCAGGAAGGCCAGAGAUGUGAGGAAGGAGCGCCGCCUGCAGAGAAAGCAGGAGGGAGGAGUCUCCGCCCCCGUGACCCCUCACCCCACCACGGACACCCAGACCAGCAAAUCAAAAGCCCUGGAGGAGUUCAUCAACAACUCCCUGCCUGAAACCCCUCUGCACCGUCUCGAGGUGAGGCUAGUGCGCUCCAGCCCCCCCUGUUCACAGUUCAGAGCCUCGUACGACGCCUCCUACCAGGUGUACAGGCUCUACCAGAUGGCUGUUCACAAGGACCCCCCCGACAAGCCCUCCGAGAGCCAGUUCAAGAGGUUCCUCUGCGACUCUCCUCUGGAGGCGGAGACCCCCCCUGACGGUCCAGAUGUGGGCUAUGGGUCGUUCCACCAGCAGUACUGGCUGGACGGGAGUAUCGUAGCGGUGGGCGUCAUCGACAUUUUACCCACCUGCGUCUCCUCCGUCUACCUGUACUACCACCCCGACUUCGCCACUCUGUCUCUGGGCUCCUACUCUGCUCUCAGGGAGAUUGGCUUCACCAGGCAGCUCCAGCAGCAAGCCCCCAGGCUCAGCUACUACUACCUGGGCUUCUACAUCCACUCCUGCCCCAAGAUGCGCUACAAGGGCCAGUACCUGCCUGCAGACCUACUGUGCCCGGAGACGUAUGUGUGGGUUCCUAUAGAGCGCUGCCUUCCCCUGCUGGAGCAGGCCCUGUACUCGCGCUUCCACCUGGACCUAGACGCAGGUGAUGCGCGGGUGCUGAAGGAUGUGGGCCGGGCCCUGGUUCUGUAUAAGAGGAGCAUCAUGCUCUACUCUGCCUACAGCCGUAAGCGCCGGGGCUGCUGUGACGAGGAGGAGGUGGAGCAGUACGCAGCACUGGUGGGACAGACCUGUGCUGAGAGGAUGUUGCUGUACCGCGCCUAGCAACACAGCCACUCCCUCCUCUUCCACCUCUACAACCCCUCUGUGUCUGUCUGUCUGUCUGUCUGUCUGUCUGUCUGUCUGUCUGUCUGUCUGUCUGUCUGUCUGUCUGUCU